GUUCCCCUCCCUUUCCCCCCCUCUGGUCUCUCUGUCUCUCUCUGCUCUAACUGCUUCUCUUUCCUUCUCUUUCUUUAUCCUCUCACUUCUCUGGGUUUGGGUUUUGCAUUUUCUGUGAUCAGAUGGGAAGACAACCUUGCUGUGACAAAGUGGGGUUGAAGAAGGGGCCAUGGACAAUUGAGGAAGACAAGAAGCUAAUCAAUUUCAUACUUACCAAUGGCCAAUGCUGCUGGAGAGCUGUUCCUAAACUUGCAGGGUUGUUAAGGUGUGGAAAGAGUUGCAGGCUUAGAUGGACUAACUACCUUAGACCUGAUUUAAAGAGGGGUUUGUUAUCAGAAUCUGAGGAAAAGAUAGUCAUUGAUCUUCAUGCUUCUCUUGGAAACAGAUGGUCCAAAAUAGCUGCUAAUCUCCCUGGUAGAACUGAUAAUGAGAUAAAGAAUCACUGGAAUACCCACAUCAAGAAGAAGCUAAAGAGGAUGGGAAUUGAUCCUAUCACUCACAAGCCAAUCUCUACUUCAACUGAUCAAGAAGCAAAAUCCCCACCACCACCACCACCUCCACCACAACUGCAACAAGAACCUGUUGUUUCUGCCUUUUCUGAAGCAGAACAGAAUAAGCAGGGAAAUGAGACAUUAUUACAGUCCUCAGCCAUUACUGAGAGAAAAGAAGAAGAAAAGAGCAUUAAGAUCAUUACAAGCCCAUUCAAUUCUACAGACAACAGUGAUAGCUUCUGCACAGAUGAAGUCCCUCUGAUUGAACCUCAUGAGAAUUUAGUCCCCUCUGGACCUUCUUCAUCAACUACUUCUACUUCUACUUCAUCCUCUUCUGCUUCAUCUGGGAUGCCUGAUGAUAUGCAUUUCUCAAGCUUGGAAUGGCCUCAAUACAACAACAUGUCAAUCUGGGAUGAUUUUAACUAUUGGGAUUUGCUUUGUGAAGAUGGUGAUCAUAGGAAACUAGCUGUUGAUCCUUCUCUCAAUCAGUUCUCAAGAUUAGUUUUUGAUCAAGAACCUUGGAAAUUUGGAGUAUUGUAAUUAUUUUUCUUCAGGGGUUCUGUUCAUUCUGUGGUUUUAGAGAAUAAAAUUCAAGAAUCUGUGGACAAAA